AUGGCAGAUGCUUUUAGGAAGUUUACUGACGAUCAAGGAAAUUUCAACGAAGCAUUGGUUAGCGACUUGCAAGGAAUGUUGAGCUUGUAUGAGGCAGCACAAUUUAGAGUACAUGGUGAACAAAUUCUGGAUGAUGCACUAAGUUUCACCACCACCCAAUUGAAACCACUUUUGCCAAAAUUGAGUAACUCCCUUGCAAAACAAGUCAGUAGUGCAUUGAAGUUUUCAAUUAGAGAUGGUAUAGUGAGGGUAGGAACACAGAAGUACAUAUCUUUUUACAAAAACGAUGAAUCACGAAAUGAAGUAUUAUUAAACUUUGCCAUAUUGGACUACAACAUCUUGCAGAGGUUGCAUAAAAAGGAGCUAUGUGAUAUCACAAGGUGGUGGAAGGAAUUGGAAAUCGUGAAGGUAGUACCUUAUGCAAGGGACAGAUUGGUUGAGUUAUAUUUCUGGAGUUUAGCAGUAAACUUUGAGCCCCAAUAUAGCGUUUCGAGGGAGAUAUUAACAAAAGUUUUAUGCUUUUGUUCUAUUAUGGAUGAUACAUUUGAUACAUAUGGGACACUAGAGGAACUUACUCUCCUCAUGGAGGGAAUUGAAAGGUGGAAUAUUGAUGCUUCAGAACAGUUACCACCAUAUAUGAAGAUUACUUACCGUGCUCUUUUAGAUCUCUACAAUGAAAUAGAGAAAGAGUUGGCAAAUGAAAACAAAUCAUUUCUAGUCAACUAUUCCAUAAAUGAGGUAAUAAAGGUUGUCAAGGCUUACUUCCAAGAGGCAAAAUGGUAUCAUGGGAAGAAAGUGCCAACGAUGGAGCAGUAUGUGAAGAAUGGAGCUCGAUCUAGCACUUAUAAUUUGCUUGCAACUACUUUUUGCUUAGGCAUGGGAGAAGUAGCAACUAAGGAUGCAUUUGAUUGGAUAGCAACUGAACCUACAAUACUUGUUGCUUCCGGUAUCAUUGCAAGAUUACUUAAUGAUAUUGUAUCACACGAGGUAGAACAGGAAAGAGGAGAUGCAGCUUCUGCUAUCGAAUGUUACAUGAAUGAAUAUGGAGUCACAAAGGAAGAAGCACGAGUGGGGAUUAGGAAAAUAAUAGAGAAUUGUUGGAAGGAUUUGAAUCAAGACUACCUCAAACACACAGUCGGUAUACCGAGGAUUUUGCUCAUGUCUGUGUUCAACCUUACAAGGGCGGCAGAAUUCGUUUAUAAAGAUGAAGUUGCUUAUAGUUUUUCCAAAUAUAACUUGAAAGACGUCAUUUCUAUGGUGCUAAUUGAUCGUAUUAUAGCAUGA